AUGCCUUCGAAUACUACAGAAUCGUCAGACAUCUUCGUGCGGAUUACUAGAGCCGGGAAACUAACAAAUUAUGUCAAAUACGCGUUGGAAUCUUUAGAGAAAAAUGACAAAAAGGCGAUAGUCUUUCAUACACUCCCCGAAGUGCACGACAACCCUGAAGCUGCACACACUCGACAAGAACUUAAGGACGCGUCAACUGCUUCUGUGACCCUGAUAACAACUCCGCGGCUGAUUUCUGUAGUGGAAAUAAUCAAACGCGAAUAUCUCAAAGAUCUGGAAAAGAGACGGUCUACACGACUAGUUGGUCUACAUCAAUACAAUGAGAUUGGGUCCAUCGAGAAUCUUGGUUCCAAUGGUGGCUCUGUGAGGAGAGAAACUGAUGAACAAAGAGCGCAGAGAAUUGCAAUGACGUUGGAAGGGAAGAAUUUCCCGAAGCAGCAACAAUUCCCAUAUAUGCGAAUCACUCUGAGCGUUCAUGAACUCCCAGAUCUUGUCAAAAAGGGCGCGACGUAUCAGAAGCCCGUAUCACGGACGAUGUCUAAAGCUGCGAAGAAGAGAGCCAAGAGUAAUCAGAAGAAAGCAGCUCAGCUGAAUGAAGCCCCGGAGGACGCAGCAAUGGGGACAUCGUGA